AUGAGCAAACGGGAGGAUGUUACCACCCCGGAGGAGGGGUUGGACGUCCUCGUACAGCCGCUUCCUCAUUCCUCCCGCCCCAUUGACACUGUUUCAUAUAUUUCAAGAGAAGGUGUAGAGUAUCCUGGUGCCCCAGUGAGUACAAGCAUGCCCCCCCCUCACGAGCCUUCAUCAGCAGAAGUUGGUGGUGUUGCUGAGGGUACAGUAUCGAGCUCAAGAGAAGGUGCUGCUGCUGCUGCUGCUGCUGCUGGAGCAGCAGCAGAAGGAAACGAAGAUGAAUUUGUUCCCGGGGUUAGUAGUGCUUCAGCAGCAGCUCUCCACACAACUGUACCCUGUGCAGCAGGAGCAGCAAGCAGGCCUCCCCCUCAAGUAAUGACGGCACUAGGACCUAUGCCUCUACCCCCAGAGAUACGUCGGCGUAUACCGGAGAAGUUCGUUGCUCGACCUAUAAUAGAAGAAAGAGAAAUAUAUAUAGCAAAGAAAGAAGUACAAGAAAGAACAAUAGAGGUACCUCAUGUACACUAUCAACAUAAAUUUGCAGAAGUUGCAAAAAACUUAAAAAUUAAAAAAAUUGUACCCACUAUAACAGAAGUUAUAAAAGAGGUUCCGCGUGAGGUUUAUAAACCCGUAAUCGAAGAAAAAGUAAUCGAGGUGCCGCAGGGGGUUAAGUAUGUAGAGGUUCCCGUUGAGGUCCCCUGUCUAUACCCCCCAAAGAUAGUGCCCCGGCCGAAGGUACAAGUGGUUGAGCGAGUGGUCGAGACGGUCAGACCAGUGGUCACGGAGAAGGUUAUAGAGGUGCCGCAGACAGUGGUUAAACAAAUACCCAAAAUAAAAACUGUAGAAGUACCUUACUAUGUUCCUCGUUAUAUAGAAAAAAUUAUCGAGGUACCCUAUCAACCCCCGGAUGCUGCUGCACUGCCCCCUAUACUAAGUGGGGCCCUCCCCUCAGGCAUAGCAGCAAAGAUGCCGCUGCCGUUUCAGUUGGGGCCCCUACCCCUCAGCAGCAUGAAUACACUCAAUCUACCUUACGAGGCGAAGAUAGAUGUGAGGAUAAGUCAGCAGCAGCCAGAGCAGCAGCAGCAGCAGCAAGGACAGCAGCAGCAGCAAGGACAGCAGCAAGGAUUGCAGCACCAACAAACAUCCUGUACCUUACCUGGGGGCCCCCCAGGGGCCCCUGCUAUUGAACUAGUACAAGGGUUUAAGUGGGGCCGUCCCCCGAACGCUCCUCCUCCUCACGGUGUAUCCUCUUCUCCUUUCUGCAGCAUUCCUGGUUCUGCUGCAGCAGGCUAUACAACUGCUGCUGCUGCUGCCGGUGCUGCUGCUGCUGAUGGUGACCCACGCAUGCGUUGCAUGCCGCCACUGAUGGUGACCUGUCCCCCUGAAGUAGGAGAAGUGAAUUUUUGUGGUUUUGUUGCUGAGCCCGAUAUAUUAACAAGAGAAGGAGUAAUGGCUUACUCUGGCUUUCGCACAAAAGGAAACUUUAAGAUGCUCUUCCCCCCGCUGGCGCAGCAGCCGGGUGUACCGAUGAGGCCCCCCGGUACCCCGGAUAUACAAACUAUAGAGGAGACGCAUUUCUAUCAUUCUCAUAAUAAACAUAUGCAGCAACAACAAAAUAUACAAAUCGAUGCUAUGCAACAAAAAGCAGAAGAAAUAGAACAACAGUAUCAACAAACACACACAAACUGGUGCGGACAGACAGUACCUGAGCAUGCAGGAACUGUCUAUGAACAGUAA